CAAGAAGCUCGAGGAGCCAGAGCCAGAGAGAGAGAGAUGGCACAUCUCCCCGAGAAUGUUGUUUUUAGCAUCCUCGCUGGACUUCCGGUUAAGUCUCUUGUAAGAUUCAAAUCUGUUGAUAAACAUUGGUGCAUGUUGAUCUCUGAUCCCCGUCUCGUCGAUUCGCACUUGGAUCGGGCGAAGAUGAGGAAGAAGAAACAGGGUCUCAUCCUUUCAGGCAGAGUAGACGGCGAUCGUUAUAGCACCAUACACUUCUUUUCUUUGAGGCUGAGCGAAGCUGGGGAUGGGGUGGCGGUUCCCAUCUACUCCACCACCGUCUCCCUCGGUAGGUACCAUGUUUUACCUUCUUGUAACGGAUUGAUCUGUUUCUAUAGUAUCGACAGAAUUUACAUAUGCAACCCAAACAUAAGACAAAUGGUGACUAUUACCAGAAGCGAUGUUGAUUAUGCGGCUUCUUCUUUGUCCAUGAAUAUGUGUUGUGGGUUCGGCUUCGACUGUUCAACCAAUCAGUAUAAAAUCAUCAAAUUGAUGGAGUCUUCUUCGGAGCCACGACUCGGGGCCCAGGUCUUUAGUUUGGGUACUGGCGAAUGGAGGAAGAUAAGCGGCUCUCCUACCUGUAAAUUACUACGUCUUGAUUAUCCCGUCUCUGUAAACGGCUUUUUCUACUGGAUCACUGCAGCUUCUACCUUCUCAGAAUUACUAGUCUCCUUCGACAUCGGAAAUGAGAAGUUUGAGGUGGUACCGCAUCCCGAAUGUCUUUCCACUAAGAAACGCCAUUUGUUGUCGGUAGUAGAGUUGGGAGGGCAUCUAUGCCUGGUAGAUUUGGAUUUCGAAUCGGAAGGAAACAGAAGGAUGGACAUAUGGAUGAUGUUAGAUGAGUGGGGUGAAGGCGAGGAUCGUAUUUGGGUGCAAGAAAGCAUUGUUCAUUCAUCGGAAGCUCUGGAUGCAGUUCGUCCGGUAGCAAUUGUUGAUGGGCAGAUUUUGUUGCAUGGGUUUAUUAAGGGAUUAGGCAAUUUAAUUUGGUAUGACCUGCAUUCGCAGAGCUUCAAGGAUGCGGAUGUUGAGGGGAUCCCUUCGUCCCAUUUCUUUAUCAGUCCGCAUGUGGAAAGCCUUGUCAGCGUCGGAAAAAAGAUAUAAUGGACGCCAUCCGUCUUUGGCUAGUAGUUAGUUUGCCAGGCGUAGGCCUUUUCAUCGUAUUAUUAUGGGAAAAGA